ACGACGCGCGACGAGUCACGGAACACGGAACGCCGCGCCACUUUCGCGGUCGCAAAAACAGUCGGCGAGCGAGUGCGGCGCAAACAGCUGAUAUCGUUUCUGCGGUACAUCCCUUACGUACGGAAGCACAUGUCCGCCUCGCGAUAAUCACGUCACGGUAAUCGCACUACUUACUCCCUGUUACUCCCGUGUAUUCUUCCAGCGAUCGGUGAACGGUGGAAUUCGAAGGCACGUGCUCGUGGCCACACCGGUGGUACUGAGCGCUCCGUCCCCGAAUAGUCGCAUGCGAUGAACUACGGCCGGCGAUAACCGGCAUACCCUCAUCGUCCUCGUCGUCGUCGUGAUCGUCAUCGUUAUCGUUUACCUGCAGGGAGAACAUGGCCGAUCGCGAUAGCGCGUCCGAGAGCGAUUCCAGCUCGAUCGAUGGUGGACCGAUCAUGAUGCCGCCGUCGCCGAUUACGCGCGAACAGCUGCAGAAGCGCAUCGAGUCUUUGCAGCAGCACAACCGCGUCCUCAAGGUCGAGCUCGAGACCUACAAGCUGCGGGUGAAGGCCCUACAGGAGGAGAACCGCGGUCUGCGUCAGGCGUCUGUCAUCAUUCAAGCGAAGGCCGAGCAAGAAGAGGAAUUCAUAAGCAACACCUUGCUGAAGAAGAUCCAAGCUUUGAAGAAGGAGAAGGAAACUCUGGCUCAUCAUUAUGAACAAGAGGAGGAAUGUCUCACCAACGACUUAUCACGAAAGCUGAACCAAUUGCGACAGGAGAAAUGCAAACUUGAGCAGACAUUAGAGCAGGAGCAAGAAUGUUUGGUGAAUAAGCUGAUGAGGAAGAUCGAGAAGCUGGAGGCAGAGACGUUGGCCAAGCAGAGCAACCUGGAGCAGCUGCGACGCGAGAAGGUCGAACUAGAGAACACUCUGGAGCAGGAACAGGAGGCGUUAGUGAACAAGCUGUGGAAGCGAAUGGACAAACUUGAGGCUGAGAAAAGGAUGCUGCAGAUCAAGUUGGAUCAGCCUGUUUCUGAUCCUACUUCACCUAGGGAGAUCAACAAUGGUGACACCGCCACAAACUUGAGCACGCACAUUCAAACUCUGAGAAGCGAAGUCGCUCGAUUAAAGCACACUUUGCUGAUUUCACAGCAAGAACAUACGGAAAAAAUGAAGCGGUACGUUAACGAAGAGAAGCAAAUACGCGAGGAGAAUUUGAGACUGCAGAGAAAGCUGCAGCUUGAAGUGGAGCGUCGCGAAGCCUUGUGCAGACACCUCUCGGAGUCUGAGUCCAGACAUGAUUUUCGCAGCUUGGAGAUGGAAGAGGAACGGCACUACAACGAAAUUGUGAUGUCUGGGGGGAACAUAAGAACCCGCACAGUGUCCAGUCCUGUGCCCUAUAAUCCUUCGCCUAGUUCUUCAAGGCCACUAAGUCCUGGUGUUAACGUGCUAGGUUCCACAUCCAGAGAGGGCUUCAGUGCAAACCGGUGCUAUGCUUGUGGUCAACCGACUGCCCCUCCGUUUGCGAGCUCGUCGCCUCCUUCAGGGGGACACAUCGUGGCAUCAUCCAGCAGACGAACUUCGGAUCGUUUCGUCAAACCGGCGAUUCCACCCACUAUCGUGAGUCCCGGUGGACCGCCGACCAUCGCUCCCAAUCCUACGGUGAACCCCGUCGCCGUGCCCCAUCCAGGGUCACCAAUGGAUAUUGCGAAGACAUAAGUCAUCAAGUUGAGGAGAGGGCUCUCCACAGAAACCCCUUUUAUAUAGUCGUGCGCAAGGUACUUCUCUAAACGGUGCGUUCCAGCUAAAAGAUGCGCGGGGAAAUCCCCGCUUUGGUUUGAAGCACCACCGUCGGCGCGUUUUCUUCUCGGAUGUUUCCGUUUGUUAAUUACUACUUCAGCUCUAAUGUAUAACACACGGGCUACGGCUAAGAGAGAGAGACUUAAUUAUUUCGAUCUGAAUGAGCAGAUAUAGAGUUAAAUGAUGCAGUCGCGGAAGCGUCUCGCCUCUCAUUGUCAGUCGCGGGGUAGUUUUUUCCGACCUCCCGCUUCUUCGGUGAUUCCUCUUGCAUGAUGCCUGAAGUAUCAUUCAGACUGAGCUCUUUAUCGUACUAUGCAAUUAAUAUCGUUUGAGUGUUCUACAUAAGAGAAAUGAUAAAAAAAAAAAGAAACGUUGACAUGUUGCUUCCAUGUUCCAAGUAAUCAUAGCAUAAAUAUUAAACGCGAACGCUGAAUGGACAUCUACAUGGCAUAUUGUAAUCUUACUGUGCGUUUAAGAACGUAAACGAAAGUAACUAGGGUGUAGUGUCGCGGUGUUCACACGAUUUAACAGGUAUACAUUUGUUUAGCUUUGAGCCUGAGUAAUCACUUAGCGCACGCAGUACUGAUAGAGGUGGAAGCAUAACUUUAGAGAAAAGAUUUUGUUAGUUCCUUCGAAGGGAUUGUCUGAUCUUAGAAUGCGCAAUCAGGUAGAGUCAGAUUUCAGGGAGAUCUUAGCGAUCAGGAGACUUCGGUAUCUGAGAAACUUGGAAUUCGAUAAUUAUGAAUCUGUGUGUGUACGUGUGUGUGAGAGAGAAAGAGAAAAUGUGACAAUUCAAGGCCCUAAAGUUCCAAGGAUUCAACAGUCCAACGAUCUGAGAAUCUAAAAAACAGACUUGUGAAUUUAAAAAAAAAGUGUAUGCUCG